GCAGCACCAGCGGAGCACCAUCACUUGGCAGGCGAACGAGCCACUUGUACCCGACCCACUCCGCUGGAAAGGAGGCUAGAAAUGACGGAUGCGGCCAUGGAAGAGACACACAGGGACGGUGUAUUGACAUCCCAGGAAGCCGUGCAAGUUUAGCGUGGAAGUAACUACCUCUUCACUUCCACCGACUCUUUCCUCCUCCUUCUCCGGCAGGCAGAAAUUUAUAAAGAAGAAAAAAUCCGCCGAGGGAGGGAGGAGGAGGGGGGUUGAUUAUACGCCGAAGCUGAAAUCGAGAGGCGAACCCAGGGAAAGAGUCAUUCGUACACGGGACUUUCCCCCUCUUAAUCCCCCUAAAGGAGGGGGAAAAGUCGCAAUAUUGGAUACAAAACGGAAUGAGCUUCUAACGGCGUGAAAACGCCCUCAAUUGUGAAUACUUUAUAUAUUUUUAUUCCGAGAAAAAUAUGGCCGAGAACGUUCUGGACUCUGGCCCGCCUUCAGCCAAGAGGCCUAAGCUCUCCUCUCCGGCACUUUCCGCCUCUGCCAGCGACGGAAACGAUUUUGGCUCACUGUUUGACUUGGAGCAUGACCUGCCAGAUGAGCUCAUCAGCACUAAUGAACCAGGCCUUGUCAAUGGGGGAGAUCUCAACCAGUUGCACACCACGCUGGGGGGAGGCCCUGGGGUUCUGGGUCCUGGUGGAGGUCCAGGAGGAAUGGGAUUUGGCCUUGGUCCAGGAGGAGGGACUGGAGGUAUCAGUGGAGGCCAGGAUGCAGUGGCCAAGCAUAAACAGCUGUCGGAGCUGCUGCGCUCAGGUGCGCCAACGUCCAACCCACAGGGGCUCCAAGGGGCCCUGGGGAGCCCAGGAGGGCCCACUGCUAUUGGGCAACACAUGGCAAAUAUGAAGGCAUGCCCUGGCCAGUUACCUCAGCAGACAAUGGGGCAGCAGCACCUCUCUCCUCAGCAGCAGGCAAGCAUGAUGCAGCAGAAUGCCGUAGCUGGAAUGAUGGGCGGUAUGAACAGGGCCAUGAUGGCGGCGCAGCAGAAAGGAAAUAACGGACAGUCGCAACCAGGCAUGAUGGGGAACCAGGUGAUGAAUGGUACUCCAAGGAUGGGCUUUGGGAAUCAAGGGAUGGGGGGCAACAGCAACCUGUUGGCCGAAACGUUACAGCAGCAGGCAGGUGCAGGCCAGGGAGGCAUCAGAGGCCAACAACCAGGAGUGCUGAACAAGAUGGCAAUGAUGGGCAACCAGGGGGUUCCCUUUGGAGGACCAUAUGCGGGGCAGGGGAAUCAAGGACUUGGUGCUGCAGGGCUGGGCUCGCAACAUCAGAACAAACGUCCCUUAGCUAACAACAUAGCUCAAUUCAAUGUGGACAAGAAGAGUCAGCCCAUGCAAGGAAUGGCCACCAUGGGCUCCCAGCAGUCACAGUCAGGUGUUGGCGUACCCUCAGUUGCACCUGUAGGAGGGGCAUCUGGCAUGGUUCCCAAUGCUCAGGGAGGUCUGGUCGGUCCUGGUACCCAGGUCUCGACAGCCUCCGCUGCAGCUGGCACACCGCCCACUGCUGAUCCUGAGAAGCGCAAACUGAUCCAGCAGCAGCUCGUUCUCCUACUUCACGCCCACAAAUGUCAGAGGAGAGAGCAGGCCAAUGGUGAGGUCCGACAGUGCAACCUUCCUCACUGUCGCACUAUGAAGAACGUCCUCAAUCACAUGACACAUUGCCAGGCUGGCAAGAAUUGUCAGGUCGCUCACUGUGCAUCAUCAAGGCAAAUCAUCUCCCACUGGAAAAACUGCACUCGACAUGACUGUCCAGUCUGCCUGCCUUUGAAGAAUGCUGGAGACAAGAGGAACCCACAGUGUGAGUCUCUUUUGGGUGCGACUGGUGCAGGUCUGAGCAGCUCCCUUGGGUCAGUCCCCGGUAGCCAACCUAGUGCUCCUAACCUCCACCCACCGAGUCAGAUCGACCCCAGUUCUAUAGAAAGAGCCUAUGCAGCCCUGGGACUCACCUACCAGGGGAAUCAGAUCCAGAGUCAGCCUUCCCAGCCCAACAUGGCCAACCAGGGCCUUCAAGGGCAAACCGGUAUGAGGCAGAUGAAUCCAAUGGGCUCAAAUCCUAUGGGAGUUAAUGGAGGUGUUGGUGCUCCUUCCCAGAGUCAACAGAGCAACUUGCUGCAGGACACUAUGAUGCACCUCAAUGUGAACAACCAGGGCCUGAUGAAUGAUGCCAGUGGGGUCGGCUCAAUGCCAACAGCAGCGCCUCUCUCCGCCACAGGAAUGAGAAAAACCUGGCAUGAGGAUAUCACGCAGGACCUGCGAAACCACUUGGUGCACAAACUCGUUCAAGCCAUUUUUCCAACUCCAGAUCCUGCAGCCUUAAAGGAUCGCCGUAUGGAAAACUUGGUGGCUUACGCCAGAAAAGUUGAAGGAGACAUGUACCAGUCGGCAAACAGUAGAGCUGAGUACUACCACCUGCUAGCUGAGAAGAUCUAUAAAAUCCAGAAAGAGCUAGAAGAGAAGAGGAGGACCCGUCUCCAGAAGCAGGGUCUUGGUCUUGGCCCUGCUGGGAUGAGUCAGCCUCCCACUGGACUGCCUCCAAAUGGCCCCAUUCCUGAACCAUCUAUUGUACGACCCUCUGGACCAAAUCAGAUGGUCAACAGGAUGCAAGGACCAGGCAUGAAUCAAUUCAAUCAAAUGGGGAUGCAGUCUAUGAGCCAGAGAUCCACUCCUCCUCUGUCUGGCAAUCAGAUGGGAAUGGUUGGACCAAGGAUGGGUCAGCCUAAUGUUAACCAGCUACAGAACCAGUAUAUGUCCCAGGGACAGUUUCCAAGUUCAGGACCAGGAGUCGGAACAACUCCUCCUGGGAUGGCCCAGUCAGGACCCCAGGGUAACAUGGCACAGACGCAGAUGGGCACUCCUCCCUCUCUCUCAGUUGCUAGUCCUUUGGCACAACCAGGUUCUGUAAGCAGUUCUGGCGGAGUCUCCACUGUGGGUCCCAUGGGUCCUCAGAGUGUUGGUGGUGGAGGUCCCAACUCAGCUGUUGGAGCCCCUGCCUCAGCAAUGACUCCUAAUGCAAACCAACAACCCAACUCCAUCCCCCAUUUAGGAGCCAUGCGCGGCAGUUCACCCUCACCAGCUCACAGUCGUUCGCCUACACCUCAUCAGACACCCCCGAGACUAGCAGGGUCCCAAACCCCUCAGCCGCACACUCCUAAUGCACCGCAGCUAGUACCACCCCACACCCCCCAGCAGAACCAGCUGGGCCAAGGCCCUGGCUCCAACAAGCCCCUUCAGCAGCCUCAUGUUGGGACUGGCUCCUCUACUCCUUCUCACCCUGGACUUGGCUCUAGCUCAACGCCGCAUGGUGCUCAGCUGCCACGCACCCCGUUGUCCCAAAAGGGUUCAUUCCAAGCGGACAGUCAAGCCCUGACUCCUGCCUCUGUCAACAGCCUAGAUACUUCCUCACAGCAGGCUCAAUCAGACACUACAGCUGCUGUCACCGAUUCUAAAGUUGAGGUCAAGCAGCAGGAUGAAGCGGAGGAGAGCGAUUCUGGCAGCGUUUCCAAGGGGGGAAAGCUCAGCAACGUAAAAAUGGAAGAAAUCCCUUUGAAAAUAGAAGUGAAAAAGGAAGAAUGUUCUGGAGAAGGAGGUAAAGGAGUUCCUAUGGAUACGUCAACAACCCCACCAACAUCAAUUGUGAAAACAGAAGAUAAAAAAACAGUAGUGAAAAAGGAGGUGAAAGAGGAAGAAGUGUCAACAGAAUCAGCUGUAUCGCAAGCUCCAGUAAAAAAGAAAAUUUUUAAGCCAGAAGAGCUUCGUCAGGCUCUCAUGCCAACACUUGAGUCUCUCUACAGACAAGAACCAGAGUCGCUGCCGUUCAGGAUGCCUGUUGACCCCCAGCUGCUGUGCAUACCUGACUACUUUGAGAUUGUAAAGAACCCCAUGGAUUUGUCCACUAUCAAGCGGAAGCUAGACACAGGUCAGUACCAGGAUCCCUGGCAGUAUGUAGAUGACAUCUGGCUCAUGUUCAACAAUGCCUGGCUCUACAACCGCAAAACAUCUCGAGUCUACAAGUGCUGCUCCAAACUGGCUGAGGUCUUUGAACAAGAGAUUGACCCGGUCAUGGAGAGUCUUGGCUACUGUUGUGGAAGAAAGCUGGAGUUUUCCCCUCAGACCCUGUGCUGCUAUGGGAAGCAGUUGUGCACUAUUUCCCGAGACUCGGCUUACUUUAGCUACCAGAACAGAUCACCACAAUUUCGGCUUAUUGCUGACAGGUACCACUUCUGUGAGAAGUGUUUUAACGAGAUCCAGGGAGAGACCGUGUCCCUGGGUGACGACCCCACCCAACCACAGACCUCUAUUAACAAAGAUCAGUUUGAGAAGAAGAAAAAUGACACACUGGACCCCGAACUGCUUGUUGAAUGUUUGGACUGUGGACGAAGAAUGCACCAGAUAUGCGUCUUGCACAAUGACACGAUUUGGCCAUCGGGUUUUGUAUGUGACGGCUGCCUGAAAAAGACUAAUAAGACAAGGAAAGAGAACAAGUAUUGCGCUAAAAGGUUGCCUCAGACAAAACUAGGCAGUUUCCUGGAGAUGAGGGUGAAUGACUUCCUCAAACGUCAGACCCACCCAGAAGCUGGUGAGGUCUUCAUCCGCAUGGUGCACGUCUCAGACAAAGUUGUGGAGGUUAAACCUGGCAUGAAAUCCAGGUUUGUGGAUAGUGGGGAGAUGUCAGAGUCUUUCCCAUAUCGAACAAAAGCCCUUUUCGCCUUUGAAGACAUUGAUGGAGCAGACGUCUGUUUUUUUGGAAUGCAUGUUCAAGAGUAUGGCUCAGACUGCCCUCAACCUAAUCAGAGACGAGUUUACAUCUCCUACCUGGACAGUGUGCAUUUUUUCCGGCCACGAAGUCUGAGAACAGCUGUUUACCAUGAAAUUCUCAUUGGCUACUUGGAGUAUGCCAAGAGGUUGGGGUACACAACUGGCCAUAUUUGGGCUUGCCCGCCCAGUGAGGGGGACGACUACAUCUUUCACUGUCACCCUAUUGAUCAGAAGAUUCCAAAGCCUAAGCGUCUGCAGGAAUGGUACAAGAAGAUGUUGGACAAAGCCGUGGCAGAGCGAAUAGUGCAUGACUACAAGGAUGUCUUCAAGCAGGCGACCGAGGAUCGUUUAACCAGUGCAAACGAGUUGCCUUACUUUGAAGGUGACUUUUGGCCCAAUGUACUAGAGGAGAGUAUUAAAGAGCUGGAGCAAGAAGAGGAAGAGCGGAAGAGAGAGGAGAACAGCACUUCCAAUGAGAGUAUUGAUGACAGUAAAGGUGACAGUAAAAAUGCAAAGAAGAAGAACAAUAAGAAGACAAGUAAGAACAAGAGCAGCCUGAGCCGAGCCAAUAAGAAGAAGCCUGGGAUGCCCAAUGUCUCCAAUGACCUUUCACAGAAACUCUAUGCCACUAUGGAAAAACAUAAAGAGGUGUUCUUUGUGAUACGGCUAAUCGCGGCCCCAAUGGCCAAUGCACUGCCCCCCAUCGCCGACCCUGAUCCCCUGAUGGCAUGCGACCUCAUGGAUGGCCGCGAUGCCUUCCUUACCCUGGCAAGGGACAAACACCUGGAGUUCAGUUCGUUGCGGAGGUCUAAGUGGAGCUCCAUGUGCAUGUUGGUGGAGCUGCAUAAUCAAAGCCAAGACCGCUUUGUCUACACGUGCAAUCUGUGCAAACACCAUGUGGAGACUCGUUUCCACUGUACUGUCUGCGAGGACUAUGACCUCUGCAUCACAUGUUAUAACACUAAGGGCCAUGAGCAUAAGAUGGAGAAGCUAGGCCUUGGUUUGGAUGAUGAGAGCAGUAACCAGACUGGUGCCACCACUCAGAGCCCCGGAGACUCACGCCGCCUCAGCAUCCAGCGCUGCAUCCAGUCUCUGGUCCAUGCCUGCCAGUGUCGAAAUGCAAACUGCUCACUGCCGUCCUGCCAGAAGAUGAAGCGUGUUGUUCAGCACACGAAAGGCUGCAAAAGAAAAACCAACGGUGGCUGCCCCAUCUGCAAACAGCUUAUUGCGCUGUGUUGCUACCAUGCUAAGUACUGCCAGGAGAACAAGUGCCCAGUGCCGUUCUGCCUGAACAUCAAACACAAGCUACGUCAGCAGCAGCUGCAGCACAGGCUUCAGCAAGCCCAGAUGCUGAGGAGGAGGAUGGCCAGCAUGCAGAGAGUAGGCAAACCUGCACCAGGAGGUGCUCCAGGUGGAAACGGCCUGCCCUCUCCAGGAGCCAACAAUGGAGCAACCGGGCCUGGUACGCCCACAUCUGUCGGCACACAGCCUCCAACGCCACAGACGCCCACGCAGGGAAACAUGCUUGCACUCCCUCAGCAGCAGGGAGUGGGUGUGGUGGGAGUGGGAGCCGCAGUACAGCAGCUUCAACCACAAGGUGCAAUGCCUCCUCAGCAUCAUCUACAGCAUCAGUUUCAGGCAAUGGGUGGAGGGGGUGUGAUGAACUCUUCCCAGCAACAGAUGAUGCCUCAGCUCCAGCAACAGCAGCCUCCCAACGUCCAGCAACAUCCAGGUGGUUUGCCACCAUACAAUCCCAGACCUCCAGGGGCCUCUCCUCUUCACCAGUCCCUGGGCAAACCUGGACUUGGCCCGGCCACCCCACCUCAGCAACAACAACAACAACCAUCCAACCAGGUUCAAGGGUCCAUGCCUGGUCAAAGCCAACAGCAAGGGCCUCCUUUGGCCGCUGUAGAGACUGCCCUAAAAAUCCUGGCAGAGACUCAGAGGCAGAUGGCUCAAUCCCAAGCUCAAAUCCGAGGCUUGGGACCGGGGGGCAUGAUGCCCCAACAUCCUCAACAUCCUCACCACCCGAACAACCAGGCCCAGAUGGUCAUGCCCCACAUAGGAGCUCAAGGUAUUCCACCGCAGGCUCAGGGAAUUGUAGGCAGGACUAUGUUAGACCCACAGCAGCAGGGAAUGCUUGCUGGUAUGCAGCAAGGCGGCCCCCCGUCUCAGUUGCCUCCUCAAGCUCAGCAGCAUCUCCAGCCAGGAGGUGGUGGGCAACUUCAACAAGCAAACCAACAGUGGGGCACUGGGGGACCAGGCAUGAACCCGCAACAAAGGCCGGGCAUGAUGGGUCACAUAGCGGCACAGCAACCGUCAGCGGCUGCCCAGCAGCAGCAACUUGGUCAGCAACAACCUCAGCCAGGAAAUCGUGGCCUGAUGCAGGUGAUGGGUGUUACAGGAGGAGCUGCAGGUAAUCAAGCGAUGCCGGGUGCUGGUGGAUCGGGAAACUUGCCCCAAGCAGCACUACAUGAUCUCCUGAGAACGCUGCGCUCCCCAAGUUCCCCCCUUCAGCAGCAACAAGUCCUCAACAUUCUCCGGUCCAACCCCACCCUCAUGGCGGCUUUCAUCAGGCAGCGAGCUGCCAGGUAUCAGGGGGGUCAAGGUUGCGCUGGAGGAGGGCCUCCACAAGGCCAUGGAGGUGUGAGGUUCCCGGGGGCUGCUAGUGGUCUACCUGGUGUGGGAGGGCCAGGACCCAAUCAGCUGGCUAACAUGGAUGGUCAGCAGGUUAGUGUGAACCAAGCAGGACAACCAGGAAUGAACAUGGCUCAGGGGGCUGCUGGAGGUGGGAAUAUACCCACCAUGGCUCAGCUCCAGCAACUCCAGCAGCAGCAACAACAACAACAACGCCCAAUGUUGCCUGGUAACCUACAGCAGCAGCAGAUGGCGGUCUUGCAGCAGCAGCAGCAGCAGCAGCAGCAGCAGCAGCAACAACAGUCUGGACAACAAAACAGUAUGUCCAACAUGACUCCUCAGUUCAGAGAACUGUUAAUGAGAAGACAGCAGCAGCAGCAGCAGCAGCAGCAGCAGCAGCAGCAGCAGCAGCAGAUGGCGAACCACGGACAGUUCCAGCAGCCUCAAGGACUCCAACAACAGCAAGGACAGCAGGGCUUCAUGCAGCCUGGGAUGCCCCCUUCCUCCCAAACCCAGCCUGGGGUAGGUUCAAGGGGCCCCCAGCAGCAGCAAGGAGGACCCCAGGGUGGUCCAGGGCAACUAGGCCAGCAGCAAAGUUACUCGGGAAAUGUGUCUCAAGUGACUGCAGCUCUCCAGCAAAGGCUGCAUCAAAUGCAAAUGCACCAACAGCAACAAAAUGCCAUGGCUGGACCUCAGGGUCAAGAUGGAGGGCCAGGUGGCGGUGGCGGCGUGCCAGGGAGUGCCCCUCUCCAGCAAGGACAAGCGGUAUCAGGGCAGCAACAGCAAGGCGUGCCACAGACAUCCCAAGCUAUGCUUCACCAGAACAUCCACCAGAGGCUCCUUCAGCAGCAGCAACACCUUGGAGGGGGUUCCCCGGCCCAGCACAGCAGCCCAAUGAGCCCACAGCAGCAAAUGGCGCAAUCCCCGCACCCCCACCUCCAAGGACAAGGGGGACUUGGUCCAGCUAGCACACUCGGCAGCCAGGUCCGAUCGCCACAGCCGUCGCCGCGGCCGCAGUCACAGCCUCACCGCUCCAGCCCGUCCCCGCGCAUGCAACCCUCCUCUCAACCUCAGCCGCAGCCUUCGCCGCAUCGCAUUUCUCCACAGACCCAGACUGGAUCGCCUCAUCCCAGUCACAUGGGCCAGCAUCACCCCAGUAUGGCACCACCCCAAACCCCACAACAGCAGCAGCAGCAGCAGCCAGGUGGUUCUGUAGAUCAGUUCAGCUCGGAUCAGAACUCCAUCAUGUCACAGCUGAGCGGGAUGGCGGCCAUGCAUGGAAGCCAAGCGGGACAGUCAGACAUGAUGGCUGCUAAUAAUAAUAAUAACAACAAUAAUAAUAACAACAACAACCAGGAACUCGCAGCGAACAUUAACCACAACACUUUGGACCUCAUGUAGCCAUCAUUCAUGCUCUCAUCUCUUUGGCCCAAUGACAAACUGCCAUUAAGUGAGAGUCUGAACUAAGGUUGUUUUUUGUUUUUUUGGCUGAGGAGGUUUUUAGAAGUUUGAAUUUUUUAUUUAAAUAUUUUUGUGAUGUAUGAAUAAGAACUGACGCUUCCUAUGGGAGAUGCAGCAUCAAAUCCUACAAGUCAAUAAAAAGAAUAAAUUAAAAGGAUGGUAAAUUAUUGCUGUUAAUAUAUAUCUAUUUUUGCCAACGUGUACAAAAUGGUGUAAGGGCAACGUUUCAGGUGGAAGAGAUUUCUUCUGUCUAUGACAAUAUUUUUGGGGGACUGAGAAUUUUUUGCCUUUUUAUGAAUAUUUUUAAGAUUUUAAAUGUGGCUAAAAAUUAAGUGAGUUGACGAGAUGUACUUUUUUUUCUAAAAAAAUAUUCAGUUUCCCUCCUGUAACCCACUCAUGAUUGUAUCGUUUGCAGAGGAAAAAAAGUAUAUUUUAUUUCUGAAUUUAUACAAUAUGUUUUUGUGAGUGGAUCAUAAAACGUUUUACAUUUUAGGUUUUGUUUCGUGGAUAGUUUUUCUUUUCAUGCACAUGAAAUGAAAUGUGUGUGGGGCACUCCGUUCUCCAAAGAACUGGCCAACUUAAAAAAAUGCAGUCGGUCUAAUUUAAAUUUGUGUACAGAUUUUUUUUUUAUUAUUCAUUUCUUUGGGGUCGCUGCAAAAGUUAGCAAAUUUUCUGUCUAGAUCCUCUGAUUCAAUCUCUCUCACACAUGUUAGUACUGUACAAAGUUCCGAAAUGUUGCAUUUACAUACUGUAUUUUAUAAUGAAAAUGAAAGCUGUACAAAAACCCUUGUGUAUAUAAUUUAAACUCCCCCCUUCCAAUUGGAUAUUUGCUGUAUGUGUACAGGAAAAACACCCAAUUACUGAUUGACUGUAUAGUAUUGAGAUCUUUCUGUCCUUGGAGGUUCAGUACAAGGUGUUGGACGCCACACGCACCGAUGCGCCUUUUUUCCAGUGUUUUGUUUUUUGCAGAGUCGACAAAUCCCACACCUGACUAAUCCUAUAACUUGCAUGUGAAAAGCCGACGUGAGGCUCGAUUAGAUUUCAAACUAGCUUUUUAUGAAAACAUGCUCACUAUUUUUCCUCAAAGGUUGCUGGGUAUGGGGUAUGCGUUUGAACUCGGUGGCAAUAUAUCUUGAGACUUAUUUUAUAAGAAAAUAAAAAAACAAGGAAAAAAUGUCUUUUAUAUAUAUAAAUAUAUAUAUAAAUCGAUAUAUUAUUUAAUUUUAUUUUUGGGAAAUACAACUUGAUGCUACAAGAAUUAUUGGAUAAAUGGUUUUGUUUUGUAUUAAAGAUAUGUUGAUGCAAAACGACACUGCAGAGAGAAGACAUUGCACCAUCCUCCUUGAAGUACAGGAAUAUAGAUGGAAACAUAGUCACUGUACAAACUGAUGGCAACUGAACAAAAUGUUUUUUUAAUCAUUUCCGCUCCAACAGAGAGAAAAAUACUGGAAGUAAGACUUAUUUAUAUAUUAAGUAUUCAAAUGGAAUUUUGACCACUUGUUUUUUUUUGUUCCUCUUGUCGACAAUUUUGGUGCUUGCUGAGAGAAAGCAAAAAUAACUGUUGCUCCAUUUUCAUUAUUAUUUUUUUCUAAGUUAUUUUGGUGGUCUGACUGUUUUUUCCAAUAAAUUAA